AUGGCCACCGCAACCGCCGCAUUUACAACCACACCCACAUCGGCCGACCUGUACACCUACCGAGUCGGCUUCGGCAACCGCUUCGCCUCUGAGGCGAUCCCCGGCACGCUGCCGAUAGCCUGCAACACACCGCAGCGAUUCAAGUACGAUCUAGUCUCUGAGCAUCUCAACGAGACACCAUUUGUCUCAUCCCGCGCCUCUAUGCUAAAACCCGUCAAUGAGAAUGUCACGUUCACACCGCAAGAUAUUGGCUGGGACGCGUUCGAUAUCCCGUCGUCAGAAGAACCAGUCGACUUCAACCAGGGCUGGAAGACGAUCGCGGGCCACGGCGAUCCGGCAGCAAAGGAGGCGCUCGCGGUGCACGCGUACAUGUGCAAUUCCUCCAUGGACAAGAAGGCCAUCGUCAACAACGACGGCGAUCUUCUCGUCCUCCCGCAGCAGGGAAGCCUCGACAUCCAGACCGAGUUCGGGGGGAUGAUGGUCCGACCGGGCGAACUCGCUGUCAUCCAGGCAGGCAUGCGCUUCAAGGUGUCGCUGCCGGAUGGCGUGGGCAGGGGGUACAUCCAGGAGAUCUUCGGCAGCCACUACGAGCUCUCUGAACUCGGCCCGAUCGAACCACACGCCCUUCGAUGUCGUUGCCUGGCACGGCACCUACGCACCAUACAAAUACGCACUCGAACGCUUCAUCAACGCGUCGACCACAGCGCGCGACCAGUCCGACCCGUCAAUCUACUGCGUGUUGAUCGCGAAGUCGAAAACCCCGGGUGUAAAUCUGAGCGACGUCCUUGUCUUCACGCCGAAAUGGAACGCGACGAGCAAUACAUUCCGACCGCCAUACUACCACCGCGACGUCGUGACCGAGAUCAUGGGCAUGAUAUACGGGACAUGGACAGGGACAGGGGUGGCAAGACACCAACCUGGUGGAUUAACCUACGAGCCGAGCUAUAUGCCGCACGGGGAGAGCUUUGA